AUGGACAACUCCGGGAAGGAAGCCGAGGCGAUAGCGCUGCUGGCCGAAAUGGAGCGCAAGGCCAUUGUCCACUAUGAACAGUCCACAGACUACUACAAAGGUGAGGAGUCCAACAGCUCAGCCAGCAAGGGUCUGCUGAAGGUGGCCGGCUAUGCCGCACAGCUGGAGCAGUACCAGAAGGCUGUGGACAUCCACGAGCAGGUGGGGACCAAUGCCAUGGACAGCCCCCUCCGCAAGUACAGUGCCAAGGACUACUUCUUCAAGGCCGCCCUCUGCCACUUCUGCAUCGACAUGCUCAAUGCCAAA